CAGAGCUAAUUGCCGAAUACCUUAAUCAAACUCAGAAUACAAAAGGCUUUACUGUCAUUUUCUGACUGCGCUGGAGAGCCUCCUUGCCACACAGCAAUGGCAGCAAAUGCUUUCUUUGCCACCACGUAUCUGGUGCUAUCACAGCAGAAUCAUGAGUGACACCCCCAUGUCCUCGACAGGGCUAUUGUGGGCAUGACCAUGUACAACCAGGCAACGCAGGAGAUCGCCAAGCCCUCAGAGUUGCUGAGCAGUGUGCGCGCCUACAUGUCCGUUCUGCAGGCCAUUGAGAACCACGUGCAGAUCGACAUCACACGAGUCUUUAACAACGUUCUGCUGCAGCAGACACAGCACCUGGACAGCCAUGGCGAGCCCACCAUCACCAGCCUCUACACUAACUGGUAUCUGGAGACCUUGCUGCGGCAGGUGAGCAACGGUCACAUUGCUUACUUCCCAGCCAUGAAGGCCUUUGUGAACUUGCCUACAGAGAAUGAGCUGUCCUUCACUGCCGAGGAGUAUUCUGACAUAUCCGGUAAUGCUACCGCCUGGGCUUUGGUCACUGAAGGUCAGCCAGGCCGGCACAUGACCUUCUCCCCUGGCUGUCUGCCUGCAGAGAUGAGGUCCUUGUCGGAGUUGUUGGGGCCGUAUGGCAUGAAGUUCCUCAGCGAGAGCCUCAUGUGGCACAUCUCCUCGCAGGUGGCCGAGCUCAAGAAAUUGGUGGUGGAGAACAUGGACAUUCUGACCCAAAUGAGGACCAGCUUCGACAAGCCCGACCAGAUGGUGGCGCUCUUUAAGAAGCUGUCAUCCGUGGACAGCGUGCUGAAGAGGAUGACCAUCAUCGGUGUCAUCCUAUCCUUCCGCUCACUGGCCCAGGAAGCGCUGAGAGAUGUGCUGUCUCACCAUAUCCCCUUCCUUGUGAGCUCUGUGGAGGACUUCAAAGACCACAUCCCCAGGGAAACUGACUUGAAGGUGGCCAUGAAUGUCUAUGAACUAUCUUCUGCUGCUGGUCUGCCCUGUGAGAUUGACCCUGCCCUGGUGGUGGCUCUAUCCUCUCAAAAAUCAGACAACAUCAGUCCAGAAGAAGAGUACAAGAUUGCCUGUUUGCUCAUGGUGUUUGUGGCUGUCUCCCUGCCCACCCUGGCGAGUAAUGUCAUGUCUCAGUACAGUCCAGCUAUUGAAGGUCACUGCAACAACAUCCACUGCCUGGCCAAAGCGGUGAACCAAAUCGCAGCUGCACUAUUCACUAUUCACAAGGGCAGCAUUGAGGAUCGUCUCAAGGAAUUCCUAGCUCUGGCGUCUUCCAGCUUGCUGAAGAUUGGCCAGGAGAGCGACAAGGUGGCCACACGCAACCGGGAGUCGGUGUACUUGCUGCUGGACAUGAUCGUUCAGGAAUCGCCAUUCCUCACCAUGGACCUACUGGAGUCCUGCUUCCCCUACGUGUUGCUGAGAAACGCCUACCAUGCUGUGUACAAGCAGAGUGUGGCAUCUUCAGCGUGAGACGGCACUGCGGCAAGCACAGGCCCCUGGAGGAUCCAGGCUAAAACCCACAGCGGGCGAGCAUACUCUCUUCCACUCUGGCCAUGUGCUCUGUGCAUACUUUGUGCAUGGGAAGGGGCAUUGUUGCCACCUCCCUGGAUUUCAUUUUAUGUAUGUGUGGGUGCGUGUGUGGUUUGCGUGAACCUGCUUUUUCAUGUGAUCUUAAUUACCAGCCCACCUCUGCUCAUGUGGGGCUCUGUAGAGCAGGUGGUGAAUAUAAUUGACCUACUUAUUAACCAUUUAACCACUUUUUACCUGGUAAAUUCAUGAAGAUUACUGUACCUUCAUAACAAUGAUAAAUGUAUCUAAAGACAAAUACAGCAGCUUGUCUGAAUCUAA